UUUUUUGUGUUAUUUUUGCUGUGUUCUUGAAAACUCUUACCUUGUUUGAUCACAUCAACUGUUUCUUAUUUGGGUUUUUUCUUUAUACGUUGAAAUCGGGUGCAAUGUUGGUGUUUUUUUCAGGGUAUUCUAGCUAAUUUUACAAAAGAAUUCGAGAGUUUCUUGUGAAUGUUUACCCUGUUUUCCUCCUUCCCGAAUCUAUUUUGAAAUAUAUUAUAUAAUCUUGUUUUGGGGGUUUAUUUUAAAGCCUCGGAAUAUGUGCAAAGUUGGUGUUUUUCUUUUGGGUAUUUGAGCGAAUUUUUGUAACGAUCAUGGGGUUUCCUUGUGAAUCUUUGCCCUAUUUAACUCUUUCAUGAAGCGGUGUUCAAUGGUAGUCUCCAAAUUGGUCUUUUUGUUUCAUUGUUUUGUUAAGAUCGGUAAAAUGUGGCUUGUUUUUGGGGAUUUUCGGCUGCUUUUGUAAUUUCUAGGGUUUCGUCGACCCUUUAUUCGUGCUUACUCAUAUCCUUGUUCUUUGAUUGUUGUGUUCUUAGGGUUUUGGCUGGUGAUCUUGUUUUCUUAACAAGGGUUUCUCUAAGGUUCAGGAUUCGAAUAUGGAUUCACAUGAAAACGGCAGUAAUGUGGUAACAGACGAUGCUCUGCCGCCUCCUCCACCGGUUCCUCAAGAUGUUGUUCCGAUCAAAGCAGAGAUUGAAAAGAAAAAGGUCAUGAGGGUCCCCAUGGCCAGACGGGGCUUGGCUACCAAAGGGAAUAAAGUCCAGCUCUUGACCAAUCACUUUAAAGUGAAUGUCUCUAAUGUUGAUGGACACUUCUUUCACUACAGUGUUGCCCUUUUCUAUGAGGAUGGUCGUCCUUUAGAUGGAAAGGGUGUAGGACGGAAAGUGCUUGAUAGAGUUCAUGAAACCUAUGACUCUGAACUAGCUGGAAAAGAAUUCGCAUAUGAUGGAGAGAAGAGCUUGUUUACUGUUGGUGCACUUCCAAGAAACAAACUUGAGUUCACUGUUGUUCUUGAGAAUGUCACUUCAAAUAGAAACAAUGGAAAUGCAAGCCCGCCUCAUGGGAGUCCUAAUGACACAGACAAGAAAAGGAUUCGCCGUUCAUAUCAAUCCAAAACUUUUAAAGUGGAGUUGAGUUUUGCAGCUAAAAUACCGAUGCAGGCAAUUGCACAGGCAUUACGAGGUCAGGAAUCAGAGAACUCUCAAGAAGCCUUAAGGGUGCUUGACAUCAUCUUAAGGCAACAUGCAGCAAAACAGGGCUGCCUGCUUGUUCGUCAAUCGUUCUUCCACAACGAUGUGAAGAAUUUUGCUGAUGUAGGAGGUGGUGUUCUUGGAUGUCGAGGAUUCCAUUCUAGUUUCCGUACAUCUCAGGGUGGUCUAUCCCUUAACAUUGAUGUAUCUACUACCAUGAUCAUCCAACCUGGGCCAGUGGUCGAUUUUCUUAUUGCCAACCAAAAUGUGAAAGAUCCCUAUUCAGUUGACUGGGCAAAGGCGAAGCGCACCCUAAAGAACCUUAGGGUGAAGACGAGCCCGACUAAUACCGAGUAUAAGAUAACUGGUUUGAGUGAGAAGCCCUGCAACGAGCAGCUGUUCUCGUUGAGGCAAAAGUCCAAAGAUGACAGUGGUAAAUUCGAGACACUGGAAAUUACUGUUUAUGAUUACUUUGUGAAUUAUCGCAAAAUUGAGCUGCGUUAUUCUGGUGAUCUGCCAUGCAUCAAUGUUGGGAAGCCAAAAAAGCCAACUUUCUUCCCCAUCGAGCUUUGUUCUUUGGUCUCGUUACAACGUUAUACUAAAGCACUCAAUACGCUUCAACGAUCCUCUUUGGUGGAGAAAUCACGACAAAAGCCACAAGAAAGAAUGAGGGUUCUGAGCGAUGCACUAAAACUUAAUAAUUAUGAUGCUGAGCCAUUGUUGAAAUCUUGUGGCAUUUCAAUAAACAACAACUUCACACAAGUUGAGGGGCGUGUUCUUCCAGCACCGAGGUUAAAAGUGGGGAACGGCGAAGACUUCUUCCCAAGGAAUGGUCGGUGGAAUUUUAAUAACAAGAAACUUGUGGACCCCACGAAAAUCGAACGAUGGGCAGUUGUUAACUUCUCAGCUCGAUGUGACAUCCGCAAUCUUGUGAGGGAUUUGAUCAAGUGUGGAGGCUUGAAGGGAAUUAAAAUUGACGAGCCUUUUGAUGUAUUCGAGGAAAGUCCUCAAAAUAGGAGGGCCCCACCGCUGGUUAGAGUUGAGAAAAUGUUUGAAAAUAUACAGUCAAAACUUCCUGGCGCCCCGCAGUUUUUACUUUGCUUGUUACCGGAGAGGAAGAACUCGGAUCUUUAUGGUCCUUGGAAGAGGAAGAAUCUUGCAGAAUAUGGAAUCGUGACUCAAUGCAUUGCACCCAUGAGAGUGAACGACCAGUAUCUAACAAAUGUUCUUCUUAAGAUCAAUGCCAAGCUUGGAGGACUGAACUCUAUGUUAGCCGUUGAGCAUUCGCCUUCUAUCCCACUUGUAUCCAAGGCUCCCACAAUAAUUCUUGGAAUGGAUGUCUCACAUGGGUCGCCGGGCCAAUCUGAUAUCCCCUCUAUUGCUGCGGUUGUUAGCUCGCGACAUUGGCCAUUGAUCUCACGUUAUAGAGCUUCUGUGCGUGCUCAGUCUCCAAAAGUGGAGAUGAUAGACAACCUGUUUAAGAAAGUUUCGGAUACCGAGGACGAAGGGAUAAUGAGGGAGCUUCUCCUUGACUUUUAUGUGAGCUCAGCUAAACGAAAGCCAGACCAGAUUAUUAUCUUCAGGGAUGGUGUGAGUGAAUCUCAGUUCAACCAAGUCCUAAACAUCGAAUUGGACCAAAUUAUCGAGGCUUGCAAGUUUCUUGAUGAGAAGUGGUGCCCGAAAUUUCUUGUGAUAAUUGCUCAAAAGAAUCACCAUACCAAGUUUUUCCAGCCAGGAUCUCCAGAUAACGUGCAACCUGGAACGGUGAUUGAUAACAAGGUUUGUCAUCCUCGUAACAAUGAUUUCUACAUGUGUGCACAUGCUGGGAUGAUAGGGACGACAAGGCCCACACAUUACCAUAUUCUCUAUGACGAGAUUGGGUUCUCGGCUGAUGAUCUCCAGGAGCUUGUGCACUCUCUCUCCUAUGUAUACCAGAGAAGCACGACCGCCAUUUCUGUUGUGGCUCCAAUUUGCUAUGCUCAUUUAGCAGCUACUCAGGUGUCUCAAUUCAUCAAGUAUGAAGACCAUUCUGAGACAUCCUCGAGCCAUGGUGGUACCGGGGUUACAUCGGCUGGUGCUGUGCCGUUUGUUCAGCUGCCGAAACUGCAGGAGAAUGUGUGCAACUCCAUGUUCUUCUGUUAAAUGGCCUUUCAGUUUGUGCAUAGGUUUCCUCACUUUCCUUCCUCUUCCUAUAUGAUGCGAUGAACUUGUUAGGAUUUGUGGAUGGAUGGAUGAUGGUUUUGUGAAUGUUUAGGAUGUCUGUUUGUUUGGUUGGAUCUAUCCUAGCUAAAUGAAUGCUUAUCGUGCUUUGUUUUGUGAU